AUGCAUUUCACCAGGGCGGCGGCCGUGGCGGCCAUGGCGGCCCUGUGCUUCCAGGAAACGGCUUCCGCACCCGCGAGCUUUGACGACGCGGCGUCGACAUGCGGCGCCCUUGGGGUCAUGAAGGUUGACAAAGACUCGCUCCCGCCCAGUGUCAAACCCGACAAUGUCCGCAAGUGCCUGAACCACCCGGAGAGCCUCUCGCGAGGAAACGAGGGCGGCGAGAUAUUCCGACGCCAAUGCUGGCCGGGCGGAGAAUACGGCUGCAGCAACGGCGGCUACUGCUGGACACAAUGCGCCGGCCCGAGCGGAGAGUGGUGCUGGGCGGCCGAGGAAGAGGGCUUCGGCCCGUGGAUUCGUUGUUCGAAAUGGCAAGAUUGCGACGCGAGCAUGGCUUGCGGCCAGGGCAAGGUGUGCGAUAGCUGCGGGUGCAGUUGCUAG